UUGAGCAGUCCGCAGCGCCUGUGGGCGGAGGUUGAAUGGUGUAGAUAGCACUGUGUUUCACUUCCCUACGCAGCAGCAACACCGACAGAGCCAGACCGUUAUUAUUAUUAUUCUUCUACUCCACCAUGGGUCUCGCAUACAAGCCAAAUCAGCGGAUCGUCUACCUUUGGGGUCGGAAAACAAUAUUCCCCUUUGUCAUCUUCCUGAUUUGUCAGGCUUGUGAGAUGAACGCCGAAGACAGCGGCAUCGAGGAGCUUACCACGGAGAAAGAGGCUGAAGAGAGCCACCGGCAGGACAGUGUUAAUUUAUUAACGUUCAUCUUAUUGCUGACAUUAACCAUUCUUACCAUCUGGUUAUUUAAACACAGGCGAGUCCGCUUUCUGCACGAGACGGGCUUGGCUAUGAUAUAUGGGUUGCUGGUCGGGGUGAUCCUGCGCUAUGGCAUUCCCUCCACCAGCUACCACAACAAGACUCCCCCCAGCUGUGCCCUGACGGGCCGGCCCGUGAGCACGCUGCUGCUCAACGUCAGUGGGAAGUUCUUUGAGUACACGCUGAAGGGAGAGAUCAACUCCCGGGAGAUCCACAACGUGGAGCAGAACGACAUGCUGCGCAAGGUCACUUUUGACCCAGAGGUUUUCUUCAACAUUUUACUGCCUCCAAUCAUUUUCCAUGCUGGAUAUAGUCUUAAAAAGAGACAUUUCUUCAGGAACCUGGGAUCCAUCCUGGCGUAUGCUUUCUUAGGAACCGCACUGUCCUGUUUUAUUAUUGGAAAUCUCAUGUAUGGUGUCGUGAAGCUGAUGCAAGCUGUAGGACAGCUGUCUGACAAGUUUUACUACACAGACUGUCUCUUCUUUGGAGCCAUCAUUUCAGCCACUGAUCCAGUCACAGUCCUGGCUAUAUUUAAUGAACUCGGUGCAGAUGUGGACCUGUACGCGCUGUUAUUUGGAGAAAGCGUCCUGAAUGAUGCAGUUGCCAUUGUGCUCUCAUCGUCUAUUGUCGCUUACCAGCCUUCCGGAGGGAAUAGCCACACAUUCGAUGCGGCAGCCUUCUUCAAAUCGGUUGGAGUUUUCCUGGGGAUAUUCAGCGGUUCGUUUGCGAUGGGAGCUGUCACCGGAGUGGUCACUGCUCUUGUCACGAAGUUCACAAAGCUGCACUGCUUCCCCCUCCUGGAGACGGCUCUUUUCUUCCUCAUGUCCUGGAGCACGUUCCUGCUGGCCGAGGCCUGUGGGUUUACAGGAGUGGUUGCAGUGCUGUUCUGCGGAAUCACUCAGGCACAUUAUACCUACAACAACUUAUCCGCUGAGUCGACCAUCCGAACAAAGCAGCUCUUUGAAGUUCUUCACUUCCUGGCUGAGAACUUUAUAUUCUCCUACAUGGGGCUGGCCCUCUUCACCUUCCAGAACCAUAUCUUCAGCCCCAUCUUCAUUGUGGGAGCCUUUGUUGCUAUCUUCAUAGGAAGGGCCUGCAAUGUCUAUCCCAUCUCCUUGGCCUUGAAUUUGGGAAGAAGGAACAAGAUUGGCUGGAAUUUUCAGCACAUGAUGAUGUUUGCAGGCCUGAGAGGAGCCGUGGCGUUUGCUCUGGCAAUUCGAGACACAGCCACCUACGCCCGUCAGAUGAUGUUCACAACGACUCUGCUCAUCGUCUUCUUCACAGUCUGGGUGUUCGGUGGGGGCACCACCCCCAUGUUGUCAUGGCUACACAUCAGCGUUGGUGACCCUACCGCAUCACAGGAGGAGGAGCCCACUGGACAGUGGAGAUACUUCAGAGUUGGUGUGGAUCCUGACCAGGAUCUUCAGGGCUGCGGUGACAGCUUCCAAGUGCUGCAAGGGGACGGUUCUCAACCCGAAGGUGGAAGCAAAACCAAGCAAGAAAGUGCCUGGCUUUUCAGAUUGUGGUACAGCUUUGACCACAAUUACCUGAAGCCGAUCUUGACGCACAGCGGCCCCCCUUUGACUGCCACUCUCCCGGGAUGCUGUGGGCCUCUAGCUCGGUGCUUGACCAGUCCGCAGGCCUUCGAGAACCAGGAGCAGCUGAGGGGCACAGACUCUGACCUGAUACUGAAUGACGGCGACCUCACGCUCGCGUACGGCGACACGGCCAUUACUGCCAAUGGGGCCUCUGGAUCCCACUCUGCUUCCUCUGGAACGAGACCCAAGAGCAACUCCGAAGAGGCUCUGGAGCGAGAGCUCGAGAUGGGGGACCCUGAGCUGAUCCAUCGAGGCACUCGCCUGGUGUUUCCCAUUGAGGACCAUGCUUGAGCUGAGCAGCAGAGACUACUGCCUCUUACCCCUGACAAUGAAGAAAUAAAGGACACUGGGCCCAGCCAGUUAAAAACUUUCAACUUGUUUUAGAAAAGGGUAGGGUGUAAGAGAACAGCAGCAUUUCAUUCCCAAGCUUAAGGUGAUAGGACCAUGGCACAUGUGUAUUGAGCAGUGAAGGAGAUACAGUAGUUGGACUUGUUGUGACAACCUGUUUGAAAAAAUAUAAGAGUACUGAUGAAACGCCCAUGGGUAUAUGAGUAUAUGAAAUGAGUUCAGUGCUGUGCCUCGGCUGAGGAAUGUGCUCCUGUGGGUUAGAAGUCAAAGAGGAACUGUUUACCUGAGCUAGAGAUCCACAUUUCAUUACAUUCAAGUGUCUAGCAGAAGAAUGCAUUUGUGAUGUCAAUCCGUCCUCAUUGUUAUUUUACAUUGCUGCUAAAAAAAAAAAAAAAGAGACUGAGCCCCUCAAAGGAGGAACAUCUAGCAGCUGCAUUGUGAGCCAUACUGCACUUAAUCUCUGCUAGCAAACUGGAAGCUCUGCAAUGUAAGCAUGAAGCAAACCCCAUUAAUGUAACCCCCUUUUUAAUGGAACCAGUGCUGUGGCUAAAAUUACAUCAUGUUGUUAUCAGAAACUCAAUUAUUGGAUGUUCCAGAAUGUAAGAACCACAGACAUCUUCUGACCCUGCUUUUAUCCCAGCAAGUUUAGUACAGUGUGUGUGCAUUAAUACAGUACAAGUCUGUGGCUAAUUUGCAGCUGUUUCUGUGUCUAAUAAGCCUGAUCAGCGCAUCGCUGCAUACAAGAAGCAUGGGCCCAAUUCUAUAAAGCUUCAUCCAGGCAACAAGUGCUCUGUUGUGUAACAGCAACAACCAUGAGAUACAAAGGGAAGCAAUUGAUCAUGCAGCAAUCUUGGUUAAGCUUUGUCAAUUCAAGCCAUCGUCUUAUUGUGUUGGGUGUAGACUUUGGAAGCCUAAUGCUAUUGUGCACUCGCCUUCCCCAUUUACAAACCCACUGCAGUUUAAAUACACUUCUCACUGCAAUGCAAUUGGCACGUCUACUGCGUGCUUGAGUUCGACUGCAGUCAAGGUGUAACUGGUUUAACAUCUCAAGCACUGCAUUGCAAUCCCAGCUGCACGCUGCAUUCUGCAGCCACAGCGCCCUGAAACUAACUACAUUCUCAAAGCUAUUCACUCCCAAGUCGACCAGAUAUAAUCAAGUCAGACUUUAAUCAUAAUCAUGCAGCUUUGAAAGUAGUCAAGUUGUUUCUGAUUGGUUUUAAAUUUGUAAUGCCUGUUUUUUUUAGAUAAAAUUGCGCUAAUGAUGACUUGGAGUAAAUAGAUUUGAGAAUCUAUCCCUGUGUGGUUGUUCUGUCCUCUCUUAAAGCACUUUAUAAUUGGACUGCAGUCAAGUGUGACGUCCUUGUGUCUCGUUCGCACGGUCCGUUACAUGAAUAUCCUGUCUAGUCCCCCUAUAUUGCAGCGUGUUCUAACAGCUUUUCUUUUGAAUUGAGUUUUUAAUAAUGUUAAUAAUCAAAUGAGGUAAAACAAUGAGGAUGAGAGUUACCUGUAUCUUAUGACUAACAAGAAUUUCAAUUUGUAUAUGUGUGUGUAGAAAUGUAUGAUUGCUAAUAUCUGUACACAGUGGGCUCCACAAAUAUUAGGAUAUUUUAUAUUAGAUUUUUUUAUGUCUGCUUCAUGUCUGUAAACAGGAAUAUGAAGUUGUUUUAUUCUUAUAGAUAAUAGAAUGAAUAGAAGAGACACUAUUUGCCAGUAAUAUCAGUACUACCUUACAAGAUCUACUGUAGCUAUAUUUUUCCACUUGGAUCUCUAGGAAUCAGUCUUUAUAUAAUCUCCAUCUCCUUAUUGAUUUAUUUUUAUUAACAUUCAUGAUUUAUUAAAAGUACUAGAGCUUUGUGAGGCCAAAAUAAUUCCAAAAGAUGAUUUCUUGUUUUUGUUUUACGUUUUAUUUAUCUGCUACACAUCACUUUCAUUGUUGAAUUUUUAUUUAAAUGUGGGCCUUAGAAAUGUGGUUAAAUUCAGUGCUGUUGAGAAACUAUAGAAACUCAAUGACCUUGUGGUCCGUACUCGUUUUUAUUCUCUCAUAGAAACUCAAUGGCCCCCCUUGUGUUCAGUGCUCGUUUUAAUUGUCAGUCUGAGCUUAAUCUCAGUAACAUUGCUAAGCAGUCAUGGAUCUUGUACUGCGUGUGUAUAAUAAUACACUUGUACUACAAUCGUUGUUUCAGAUAGCUAGUAGAAACUUCUUCUCUUGCACUAGCCGCACCUUGUUGGAGCCAAUCGUACAUUUCUAUACACAACCUAAUGGAUUCCAUCUUUUAGAAGGGGAAUGUCCUUUGGGUAGAGUUGGCUAACUCCUCAGAAUGUGACGGGGGCUUAGGACUGUGCAAUCAAUUUGUCCAUAGCUGCCUAUAGAUUUUAUACAAUAUUUUAUUGUCUGGUAUUCAUGUGGGAACCACCAGCCCCUCUCCCAACAAACAAUUCCAGGAACCCUGUUCUUCUUCUGUGCUGUGUGUCACAAACCGUGUCUGUCUGUAAAUAUAGCAGUUCAAUCUUCCUGAUUACUUCUCAUCAUGACGUGCAGGAAGACUUUCCUUGUUUCCUUGAGUUGUUCUGCAUGUGUUAUAUCUCUGUCAAUAAAAUCUGUACAUCA